AUGUCAACGGCAAGUCGUGACUCUCUCCCUCCUCUCAUGCUCAUGCCGGAUGUGGCAGGCACAUUGGGGACUACAGGAGAGCGGCAACUUGAUCAGAGCAUGAUGUCCAAGGCCAUGGGGCUAGAGGAGCGACAGGUCUUCAGCCAUGGCAGCAGAAACACCUUCACUCUCCAUGCAAGGAACAUCGGAAGGCCGACCAGCAUGCUCGUUCGGUUUCUACCCCAUGGCGAAGAGCCGAGUUGGUACCUGGAGAGGAUCGUCUUGUGGAGAGCGAGGGCCUUCCAGGAGAAAGUCGCCUUCCCCGCCUACUCGUGGUUUGACGGAGACAUUAUGGAAACUUGGGACCAGCCGUUAGACGCUGCAGGAGGAGCGCUCCCGGGAGCAUCGCGUCCUGAUGGAGGUGAUGGCAGAGGGAUGCGCGGAGCGACGGCUCACCUUGUGAGGGAAGAAGGAGAAGAGUGGGAUGUGGCAUCCAGCAGGGAGCGAGCGAUGGAGGAGGGAAGGAGAGCGAUUGAGCUGCUUCGCAUCCUCGAGCGGAGGCAGGAAGAAGGCCGUCUGAACAUUCUUGAGCUCAGGAGGCUGGAGCAGCUUGCCAAGAGCGCGACGUGCGUGUCCUACCUCCGAGCCAAGGAGGAGCACCAUUGGAUGCCACCGAGCAAGGAGCUGCGGGGAGAGAGCAGGGCAGAGAGAAAGAUCCUCCAGCUCCUGAAGCUGCAGAAGGACGUCUGUGGUUCUCCGCAGCUACGGCAGGAGGAGGAGGAGGAGGAGGGAGGGCGAACUGCCUUGAGGGAUCCUUACUUGCCGCUACGAAGAUCGCUCCAGCAAGAGAUCCCAGGAUUCGAGACGCUCGUGGUAGGUGGCGAUGACGAUGAGAUGGCCGGGGACCUGAGCUUCUCACCAGCAGCAAGGGCGAGUCUUUCUCUCAGCCCGAUAAUCCCUCCAGCCCAGCAACUGCUCAGCUCUCCACAAGCUGCUGUGCCAUCUCAAGUAUCCCCCAUCUCCCGCGCGAUCCGGAAGAAGCUGUGGGAGGUGAAGUGGGAGCGACCGGAACAGCAGGAGGAGGAGCUGCGGCAGAUCUCGAGCUCAGUGUCGGAGGUGGAGACGGAGGUGAAGGCGCAGGCGCGGGCGAUCGAAGAAGCGAGCAAGGCUGUUGCCUUCCUUGAAAACACGCUGAAGCCUCGGCACCUGCGACUGUUCCACCAGAGUUACGAGGUGAGGAGGAGAGGGAAGGGAGAGCGGGGGAGAGAAGAGUGA